AUGAGAUGCAUCAUCUGCAUGUGUGAAUACGAAACAGGUGAGGAGCUUCGAUAUUUACCUUGUCUGCACACCUACCAUCGCGUCUGUAUAGAUGAAUGGCUCACACGUGCUUCCACUUGUCCUGCUUGCCUUGAGGAGAUUCGGCCAGCCUCACCUCCUUUCCCGCCACCAUUGGCUCCACCAACAUCCUCUUCUGCAGCCCUAGUAGUCCCCUCGAGGGCCGAAGAAGCCCAAAUACCGGUGCUAAACUCCUCCCAUACUCAUCGUGCCUCUAUGAGCGAGAGCCAUCAGUCCGGCCAGUACGGCAGCCCUCCUCCACCACAUUCUCUUCCUUCUUCUCCUCCAUCACAACCACCAUCAUCUCAUCUUCGUCAGAACCAACAUUGUCAUCGAUAUUCUCAACAUCGGCAGCAAGAGCGUAAGCCGCAAAAAUCCAUUCGUCGGACAAUCUCUGGCCGACAACUCUCGAUUUCUGUUCCCGAUUCUGAACGUUUUGCCGCACAGUCAACCACAGCAACCAGGCCAGCAAGGCCCAGUCCCCUUUGCGUUUCUCCAACCCAACAGCAACAGUUGCAAAGCCGGUCAAUGGAGCCUGCUGGCAAGUCUAUUCCACAGGCACUACCAUCUCUCCUCUUACUGCAACAGUUUCGUCAGCAGCAUUCUGAUUCCCACUGCCAGCAGCCAGAUCAUCAGUCAAGACGACCCGAUCUGCAGCCGGAGCAGGCUGACUCAACAAAAAAGCGGAGCCAUUCAAUAUGCUCUGAUGAACCUGUGUCUAGA